UGCGGCGGUUCCAACGAUGUUCCGGCAGGACAGCAAUGACGACACUGAAGAUGUGUCCCUCUUUGAUGCAGAUGAUGAAGUAUCCAGGAGAUCCAAAAAGUCUAAAAUAAGGCACCCGGUGGCAUCCUUCUUUCACUUGUUCUUCCGAGUCAGUGCCAUAGUGGUCUAUCUGCUCUGUGAGCUCCUAACCAGCAGCUUCAUUGCCUGUAUGGUGACAAUUAUCCUGCUCUUGUCGUGUGACUUUUGGGCUGUGAAGAAUGUGACAGGGCGACUGAUGGUUGGCCUUCGCUGGUGGAACCAGGUGGAUGAUGAUGGUAGAAGUCACUGGGUAUUUGAAGCCAGAAAGGUCUCGGCACARGGGAAUAAGAGCUCAUCGGAAGCAGAGUCUCGAAUUUUCUGGCUAGGUCUAAUCACCUGUCCUAUGAUCUGGGUGAUAUUUGCGUUCAGCGCUCUCUUUUCUUUCAAAGUGAAGUGGCUGGCGGUGGUCGUCAUGGGGGUGGUGCUCCAGGGAGCCAACCUUUAUGGCUAUAUCCGGUGCAAAGUUGGCAGCAGGAAGAACUUGACGAGCAUGGCCACCAGCUACCUUGGGAAGCAGUUCUUGCGGCAGACUGUGGCUAAAGAUGACCAGACAGCAUCUUGAGGAUGGCAGAAGCCUUAAGUCAGGCUGGAUUUGCAGUGGUGAACUCGGAGAGUGCUACUUUGACCGUGGAAUUUGGGAGCUGCAUUAACAGUGUGUGAAUUAAAAGAAGUAAAUAAAUUGUGCGAGACUUCAGGUUAACACUCCUAGYAACUUGCAUUCAGUUUUUCUCUAGCAGUUGUGUUUCUUCAGUUUGAUUUGAAUUAAUUUGCCUAAACUUUAAAAACCAUCCUAGUUGGCUCCCACACAGGGUCUACAUGUACUGGAUGAACUGAGACAGAAAAGCUGAGCGUUCUUCUUCAGAAAAACCGUGCGUGAGCCCAGGCUUCUGUUAGCUGAGAGCAUCCAGCAAUUGGCACCUCAAAGAGUUUCAGCUGUAGAGUUACCUGUAUUGUGUUCGUAGAGGUAAUUGCUACUUACUACAAUGUUCAGACCCCUGUUCCUUAGAUCUCUCUCUCGUUCUGUGAUUUGGGUAUCUGAGCUUGUUGAGGUCUCUGGAUUUAAAGGACAUGCGGCUUUAGUUAGAGGAGGUCUAGUGGAACCCCUGCAAAGUGACUUUGAAGCAGCUCUGGUCUUUUAUUGGAGGUCACAGUAACAUCUUGCCAAGACCAUGAAUCAGCCCCUGGGUGUUGCACAAAAUCCCUCUUCUACCGUCAGGCCUGUGUCUGAGUGGAGUCUGCGGUGAGAGCAGGUUACAAGGAAAGGUGGGCACACGAGUUCCCAGGCACAGCAAGGCCAUGAGUCAUUUUGUCAAGGCUGACAAAAGCUGUUAAAAUAAUGCCAUUUAACGUUAAAAUGAUGCCAUGUGGCAUCGCUUGGGGGCUGUACAGUAGUAAUGUAGUUGAUGCCCAGAUAUUUAUCUCCAAGCCCAGGUGAGGGUGCAGCUUAAUGUGACCCGUUGGGUCCUUGGCCAGGCCCUCAGUGCAGGAUAGUGGGACACGUUGCUGACUGGGUGUUGAUAAUUCAGCCCUUUAAACCAGAGCAGAAUCUGAACUCAAGGCCCUUUACUUCUCACUGUUAAAUGACCAGAAGGGUGUUUUAAAUACUGCACUUACAGAGUUAUCUAAAAACCUGGCRUUAGCGUGGACUUUGCAAGAUGCUUACAUUUCUUGAAUCCAGGCAAUAUGCUGUUCCAUGAAUGUGCUCUCCAAGCAGUCCUUGGGCUGAGGAAAAAGUCUUUUGURUGAUCAUGAAAUUGGAGCUUAUAAUGUUCAUGUAGAUGGAAAAAGUGGUGAAUUUGGUGCAUAGCACUAUACGAAAGGGGUUGGUUCCUUCUUGCAAUGUAGCUCUGUCAAGGCAGAUGCUUUUACAUCAGGGGAUAUUCUGAGCUUCUGAUGAGGUCUUUUAAAUUAAGAAUGUGUUUUCUUUUUUGAAUAAUGGGUAUUGUAAAUUGUGGGAUUGUAUUGAUGAUAUUUUUUUCUGCCUGUACUGUAGC